CCACUUAUCCUUCCACUUCUGAAGUUUCGGCAGCGGUGUAGGCAGCGGCGGCGUGCUCGUGUAAUCCCAUCCCGAAGUCUCCGGUCACCUGUCACUCUACGCAACCAUGUUGUAUAUGUUUGUAGUCGAGGAGGAAGACCAGGGAGCCUAAGGAGGAGAAUGUGACCCUUGGCCCCACUGUCCGUGAAGGAGAGUAUGUCUUUGGUGUUGCUCACAUCUUUGCAUCCUUCAAUGACACUUUCAUUGAGGGAAACACUGGUUCGGAUCACUGGUGCGAUGAAGGUCAAGGCUGAUCGUGAUGAGUCGUUACCUUAUGCUGCUAUGCUUGCUGCUCAAGAUGCUGCACAGCGUUGCAAGGAGCUUGGUAUUACUGCACUGAACAUUAAGCUUCGUGCCAUUGGAGGCAACAAGAUCAAGACCCCUGGACCUGGUGCUCAGUCUGCUCUCAGGGCUCUUGCUCGUUCUGGGAUGAAAAUUGGACGCAUUGAGAACGUUACCCCUGUUCCCACUGACAGCAUCCGCAGAAAGGGUGGUAGGAAGGGGAAGGAGGCUGUAGGCGUAUUUGACAUCUCUUGGAGGUGGCCAUCAAGCAGCUAGUCCUCUCUGGAUAGUGUUGCUGUUUCUAUGCUUGUCAAGAGGAGCUUUGAUUUUGCUAUAUGUUGAUGACCAUUUACCGUGGUUGAGGAAUUGAGUUGUCAUAUUUAUCUUCUAGAUAUGCAUUUUCACUUAUAAACGUGGGUUCCCGUUAGCUUAAUUGCGCUGUUUUGCUUAUAUCUUGCUGACCCCAGAACAUUCGUUCUGAGUGUUAAAUUUUAGCAUCGGGUGAUGAUCGUGUGGUAA